ACCGCUACGUGAUGUUGUCGUCGGGUGACCUCUACGUUCGGAGCAUGACGCAGGCUGCGCGCUUUCGCUGCCACACGGAUGACGUUCUCACUCGUCGCAACAGGACGAGCGCCAACUACGCCCACUACCACGUCACAGAUGUGCUCACCCAGCCCGUGGAUGUAAAGAACCUCUACUAUUACCUUCCGCACGAAGUUCUGGCUGUUGUUCAGGAUGCCAUCGAGGAACUCUGCGAAGUGCGUUUGCAGAACUGGUGGUACCGGAAGCAGGGGCAGAGGCUAAUGCCAUUGCCUCCCUCCACAACGCCCACUGCGCUGGACGGCGUCCUUCACUGGAGUGGAGGCGUUCUGCCCGAGCACGAUGGACAGUACGUGUGCGUAGCGGCAAACAGCAUGGGAGAUGCCAAGGCCACGCUAACGCUUUCAGUGAUUGGUGAGCUCUCCGUCAGCAUCCGCCCACGCCUGGUUCGUGCCGAGGCCGGUGACUCGGUGUCCUUCCAGUGCAACGCGAGCAGCAGCGAAGCGUCACUCGAGUGGCGCCUAAACGGGUCGCCGCUUCCGCUGGGAUUCCAGCGGCUCGAGCGAGGGUUCGUGCGAAUCGCUGCUGUGGCCCGGCACCAGGGUGGCAUGCUGCAGUGCUUCGCUACUUCCAGGGACGGACGCAGGGCUGCGCAGGAUACGGCUGAGCUUGUAGUUGGAGAGCGUGCCCCACGCAUGGAGCGAACGUACGGCACCACAGGCAUACUGAAUCCCAAGACUCCCGCGAGCCUAGGGUGCCGGGCGUCGGGUGACCCAGCGCCCUCGAUCACGUGGACGUUGGACGGUGCGUGGCCCAUCAUUGGAGGUGGACCGAGGUUGCGUCUCUGGUCGACCAUCGACUCGGCGACGGGUGACGCAGUAAGCUUCCUCAACUGGACUUCGGUGGAGACGUCCGACUCCGGUCAUUACCAGUGCCUGGCAAGCAACGUGGCGGGUCGGGCUGAGCACGUAUUCCGCAUGGACGUGCGUGGCCCCCUGUUCAUGAGGCCGGCGUACAACGCGACGGCGUUGGAAGGUCAUUCCUUAGCGCUGCAGUGUCCAUUCGGCGGAUAUCCAUACGACAAGAUCAGCUGGUUCAAAGAUGGAAGCGAAUUGCCGGUGAACCAAAGGCAGACUGUAUUCACCAAUGGCACACUGCUGCUGGAGACCCUCACUAAGGCCAAGGAACAAGGGGACUACACCUGUGUCGUGGAAAACCGGAUGGACAUCUCUGGUCCGCAGAUCACGCCGUUUCGUUGGCUGGACGACGUGCAGGAAGGAAUGCGCGCUGGUCUCAGCUGCUUCGUGCACGCCGCGAAAGCCAUCGUCAUCGAGUGGCUUAAGGACGGCGCACCGAUCCUGCAACCCGUUCGCCAGGACGGGUUCGUGUCCACGCUCUCGCUGGAGUCCUUGUCGUCACAGGACAAUGGCAACUACACCUGUCGCGCCUCCAACGCCUGGGCAGUGGCCACGUACAGUGCCGUGCUCAGGGUCAAAGGUCGCCUACUUCUAUUCCGUUUACUAAUAUAG